UCAAAUUUAUUGACCGGUUAUUUCGUAAAGUGGUAAACAAACAAUUUAAAAAUUGAGAAAAUGUCGAAAAUGACUAAUGUAAACUCUAGCUUGGCUUACGAAAUACUACUAUAUUUAAAUUCAUUUUAUCUAGGAAUGUUUUUCGUUUGUGAAGUAGCCAUGGGUAUAUUAAAAGCUAUUAAUGUGUCUUACCCAGAAAACGCUCUUUUCACCGAAGCCGGAAUAUUUUGUGCCCUUUGUUUAGUCGAAGUAAUUCGUAUAUUUUUGGGCCGGAGAGGAAACUUGGCUAGUAAAAAAGUUCCAGUAUUCUUCUCCGUAGUGCUUACAAUACCAUCUGCGGUUGGUGUAUGUUAUUUCCUUAUAUACCAGACUUAUAUACUCAGGCUGGAGUACAUAUGGUGUGCUGUGAUGCUCAUGUUUCAUGCAUUGGAACUUGUAUUUGCAAUUCUAUUUGUCUUAACUGUAUGUAAAAGUCAUCAAUAUGAAUAGUAGUUACGGGUAACUGCUAAAGUUAAUAAUAUGCUGAACAGCUCACGGUUAACAUGUCGAGAUUAAUCUCUAAGCAGCUUGAGGCUAGCAACCUCACAUUAUUACAGUAAAUAACUGUUAGCUGUUUAAUUGAGUCACUACUCAGUACUUAAAACUAUUUGAUCUGGAAUUUUGAACUGAUUCUUGUAUUUACUCAUCUAAAUAGUGUUAUAAACCGGCCAGUAAGCCAAAAAUAUAUUAAAUGCCAAAUAUAUUGACUGAUCUGCACAUUCUACUUCUUACAUUCCACUUUUAUUACUUAUUAGCUUGUAAUUAUUGUACUUUCUAAGAAUGUUAUAAAUAUAAGUGUAUUUUUGGCUCUAACUAUGGUUAAUGAAUGUUUAUAUAGCUACCAAUUUUUUAUACCUCUAAUAUACUUGAUAAUUGUAUUUAAAAUUUAUUUGUUGAGAUAUUAAGCCUAAAUCUCAAUUAUUAAUGAAUCUGUUAUGCUUAUUACUGUGAUUAAUAUAUUAAAUAUUUGUACAGUUAGGAUCAGAUAUCCUUUUUUUUUUUUUUAACCUGGGGAAAUGCCUAACGCAUACCACCCUUGCAGGAACAAGGGUGGUUAUAUCGGAUUUACGCCGACUAAAACCCCACGGUGGCCUCCAACUGCCAUAAUGACCCGCGGGAUCUCCAAAUGCAACACUACCGCCGCCCCUAAUGACGUUUUGCAAUUAAUAGUUGCUCUCCUACCAUAGCUUUCAGCCACUUCUCGGGGUUGCACUAUGGAAAAAUCAGGGCCCUAAACCUGACAGUUAGGAUCAGAUAUACUAACUGUGUUCUACUUUAGAAGCUAGUCACAUGAAUAUUGUGUAUGUACUGAAAUGGUGCAGAACAAAAACUGGAUGCUGCUAAUAAAUAUGUCUAUGAAUAAAGGUUGGUCAAUGGUAUAACUGAUUUAUAUUAUUAUCCCUUCAUAUAUACAAAUCACUGCUAAUUGUUUUUUUGCAAGAGGUGGAGUUUUGUUUUCAUCUCUAAGUGGAACUUUAAAAUGCAAGAUUUUUGGGUAAUACUGUCUUGUUCAUAAUCAAUUCCAUUGGCAAUGUAUACAAACAUGAAACUCUGAAUGUUGUUAUGUUAAAUGCAGUAAUUACAUGCAUAAUUCGUAAUAU